AUGCCGAGGUACAACUUCUUACUGUGCGUGAUGGUGCUCGUGUCUCUGGGACAGUCGGGGAGCGAUGAGCCCCAUCUGCUGCUGCCUGCUGCCAGCGAGACGCCCACGGACGCCGGGCUGUCCCUGCUGGACGAGGACCCGGGUUCCCACGAGUGCUCCGCCUGUGUGUGGAGGGAGCAGAGCAAAGUGCUGAGGCUGGAGACCAUCAAGUCCCAGAUCCUGAGCAAGCUGCGUCUGAAGCAGGCACCCAACAUCAGCCGGGAGGUGGUCAACCAGCUGCUGCCCAAAGCGCCUCCUCUGCAGCAGCUCCUGGACCAUCACGACUUCCAGGGAGACGCGUCGUCCCAGGAUGAGUUCAUGGAGGAGGAUGAGUACCACGCCACCACCGAGUCCGUGAUCACCAUGGCCUCUGAGCCGGAGCCUCUGGUGCAGGUGAACGGGAAGCCGAGCUGCUGCUUCUUCAAGUUCAGCCCAAAACUGAUGUUCACCAAGGUGCUGAAGGCCCAGCUGUGGGUGUACCUGCGGCCGCUGCAGCAGACCUCCACCGUCUACCUGCAGAUCCUCCGGCUGAAGCCCGUCACGGAGCAGGGCAGCCGCCACAUCCGCAUCCGCUCCCUGAAGAUAGAGCUCAACUCCAGGGUUGGCCACUGGCAAAGUAUUGACUUUAAGCACGUGCUGCAGAACUGGUUCAAACAGCCCCACACCAACUGGGGAAUCGACAUCAACGCCUUUGAUGAGAGCGGCAAUGACCUGGCAGUUACUUCGCUGCGACCCGGGGAGGAGGGGCUGCAGCCGUUCCUGGAAGUGAAAGUUCUGGAGACGACCAAGCGCUCUCGGAGAAACCUGGGCCUGGACUGCGAUGAGCACUCCACUGAGUCCCGCUGCUGUCGCUACCCUCUGACUGUGGAUUUCGAGGCGUUCGGCUGGGACUGGAUCAUUGCCCCCAAACGAUACAAAGCCAACUAUUGCUCUGGCCAGUGCGAGUACAUGUUCAUGCAGAAAUACCCGCACACCCACCUGGUGCAGCACGCCAACCCACGAGGCUCUGCAGGGCCCUGCUGUACCCCGACCAAGAUGUCCCCCAUUAACAUGCUCUACUUCAAUGACAAGCAGCAGAUCAUUCACGGCAAAAUCCCAGGGAUGGUGGUGGAUAGAUGUGGCUGCUCUUAG